GCUUCCUGUAGUGACACGUGAUCAGGCUCCAAGAUGGCGCUGCCCAGGGACCGGUGGCUGUUAUGUGUCUGUCUCCUGUUUCUUUGCGUUUGUUUCAUAGGUGCUGUUCUUGUCGAUGUUGACAAAUGCGAAGAAUUGCGAAUCGGCCAAUACAUUUGUGAUAGUCCUAAGAUAAAUGAUGUAACACAAGAGCCAGAAAAUUGCACAAAUGAAACAGCUUUUGGUCCUUGUAUGCCAGCUCCUAAUAUUACCUGCAGAAAUUAUAGCGGCUUGGUAAACACCUUCACUGGAAAAGAAGUAGGCUUCUAUAAGCCCUUUCCUUGCCGUAAUGUAUCUGGUUACUCUUAUAAAGUGGCAGUGGCCCUUUCAUUAUUCCUUGGAUGGCUUGGAGCAGACCGAUUCUACUUAGGAUAUCCAGCAUUGGGUUUGUUGAAGUUCUGCACGGUUGGAUUCUGUGGAAUUGGCAGCCUCAUUGACUUUGUUCUUAUCUCUGCGCAGAUUGUGGGACCUGCUGAUGGUUCAAAUUAUAUCAUAGAUUACUAUGGAGCAAGACUGACAAGAUUAGCAAUUGACAAUGAUACAUAUAGAAAGACACAAAUGGAACUAUGAGAGGAUUCCCAUUACGAGAAAAGAGGAGUAUCAUGAACAUUGCAACAAUGGCAGUAACGAAAACUUUGGACUAUCUGAUGGAGUUGUACUUUAAGAAUAAUGGUUAGUGUGGAUAUGCCAAGCAAUCGCCUCUGAAUUAUUUCGUCCAGGAAUUGAACAGUUGUGUUUCUGCAAGGACAAGCACCUGGCAACCGUCAGUAUGGCUGUAUGAAAAUAGCUGUGUCAAAGUGAUGACACUACAGUCUCCAUAUAUCUUUCUGAAAUGGUAAUUCCUCUUAUGUUGUAUAACUACACUCAGUAGCAUUGUGUUCAUGUUGACCAAACACUCACUUGUACAUGAACCUACGUAUUUAUUUUCUUUGCCACAUUUAGAGUGUUUAAAUAACUCGCAGUUAUUGGGUGUAUUUCAUAACCUGUUGAGUUCCACAAAAUUGUAACAAAUUCUCUUGAUGUGGCUUCUCCAUGCAGUGUUUCCCUGCAGUGUUCUGCUGCUCAUUAAUAUUCUGAAACAAAUUAGGUUAUUUAAGAUUGCAGGUGUCAACUUCAGCUUUUUCGCCUCUGAACAAAUUCAAGUACAUAAACUCAAUUUCAGUGCAAUGCUGAAAGAAUUUUGCACUGCCAGAAAGUCCAUCUUUCACGAGACAAUGAACCAAGUUAGAUGUCAAAUAUCCCGUGUUACCACUUGAAGAAAGACAAGGGGCGUUCUCCUUAAUGUUCAAGCCAAAGUUUAUCCCUUCAGUCACCAUCACUGCAGUGAUUACGCAGUUGCUACAGCAUAGCUGUUUUAGGGACCUUAAUGCCACCUGGAUGCCACAUUUCCUUUCUUACAACAUUGACUUCAUUGUUUAAAAAGUUCUUUGAAAUGUCUUGAGAUCAGGAAAGGCCAUGCAAAUGCAAAUAUUGUAUGUUUCCUUUCUUUAAAAAAAGUGCUUCAGAAUCAUAGGAAGCUGAAAGAUCAUACUGGUAUCUAUUUUUUUUUCUGUGAAAUUCAUCUCGAUAAACCAAAAGGUGUUGUUAAUAGUUUAUUGUGGUAGUAUGUAUCCUUGUCUGUUGUUUUAUUUUGAUUUCUUUUUCCUUUUAUCAUGGCUUACAGUCUAAUCAACAUCUGUAGUGGUGGCAAAAGAUUCAUCAAAGAACUGACAAUGGUUGUUUUGACUUUUACCAAAUUGUACUUUGAAGUAUUCUAAUCGAAUUAAAGGUAAAGUCACCAUUGUCUUAUCAGACGAUAGAGCUGCUGUCAGAGAGGGACAUACAUAGGACUGAUGGUGGUUUAGCCCAAGGGUCGCCAUACUUCAGGCAAGGGGAGAGGGAGAAUCCUUCUUCAUAAGGACAUAGCUGAUACAGGAAUUGAACCCACACUCUUGGUGUCACUUCACAUUACGAGAUAGCUGGACAGCCAACUGAGCUAAGUCAAACCUGUCUGCCACAUGCUGCUUAAAGAUUAGGUAACUAAGAAUACUUAAUGGAGGUGUAGUGCAGAGAAUUGUAAGACUAGCAGAAGUCAAUGCCUAGAUUCCUCGAAUCAUUAAACUGGAUAUUGACACUAACUAUAAUACUACUAGAUUUCUAGAGUGGGUAAUAGAGUCAGAAAAUAUUAUUGAAUAUUUGUAAAAGGGGGUGUAAUUAUUUUUUGCAUGUCAUAACAACAUGAAAGUUGAUGUUUCUAGUUUGUAAUGUGUCUCUCAGUUCACAGAAGAUGGACAAAUGUAGUGAACACAGUGCCCAAAUUUGGAUUUUAGAACCAUUGAAAAUUACAUGGUACAAAUAUAAAAUUUCAUUUCUGCAAUUACUGAAAACUGUGGAUUUAAUAAGCACAUGGAGUUGUAGAAUAUGAUUUGUAAGCCACCAGUAAAAUCUGAGAUCCAGAAGACCAAUAUAGCCUUGAUGUGGCUGCAUAACUGUAUAUGUUUCACUUGUGAUUUGAAAUUAAUUGAAAGUAAUAGAUGGGUAAUCAUAAUUCAGUGAUGUAACUUAGUCACUGGAGGCACUGAUUCCCAGUUGAGUCCCAGAUUCUUAGUAUAUAAUUAAAAUAUCAAAGUAGUAUCAUAAAGUGCACAGAGCACAAAAGCCUUGUAGCAUAUGAAAAAUUUUUAGCCCUUGUAAGUUCAAUAAUAUGUAUUAAUAUUUUCCAUAUUUUUGAUUUCCUGUGGAACCAAUGAAAAUUAAUAGAAAGUUAAAACUUUGUUCAGUACAAAGGUUUGAAUGUAAAUAAAGUUAAAACAAUAUUUCCUUUUCAUUGUGUACACUACACAUUGAGAAAAAUUGAAUUUGCUAUAGAAAUCAAACUAAUAUUAAUGAUUCCAGGAUGGUGAUCCUUAAUCACAGUGGUUACAAUUUGAUUUAUUAGCUGACAUUCAAACAAUUUAUCACUAUUUGGUUUCUGGUUCUGCCCAUUCCCCAGAGGAAACCAUUUGAAAUGUUCCAGUUAAUAACAUCUAAUUUUAGAAGGAGCAACAGAGUAUAAAGGUACUGAGGAGAAUUAUGUUAGUCUUGUAUUUCUACAUUGUGAAUCAUUUCAUUACCGAUGUGGGCAAUGGAGAAGUAAUGUUAUAUGGGCAACAAUUGAACUCAAUAAUGAACUGUUUUUGUGGUGAUGACUUAGCCUUAUGAUGUUUCAGAUCAGUUCUUCUAAGCCAUUGAGGACUAAUAUUGAAUGAGAAAGAAAUGUGUUUGCUCUUCUAAUCUGUUUUACAUCUUGGUAAAUGUAAUUCAUAAAGUUUGUUUGCUUGAUGAGUUACAUUAUCUAAAUAAACUUGGUAGUUUGGGUCUCUGAAUUGGUGUAGAGCAAUUUAGCUGAUGUGAGCAACUGGGUCCAUCAGAUGUCUUCACUGCAGAUCAGAGUGUAUUCCAAAUUGAAGACAAUUUGGAUACAAUUAGGUGGAACAGAAAAAUAUGGGUUUUGCUGUGGAUAAACCAAAUUGCAUACCAAUUGCAGACUCGGAUUGAGUUUCUUAAGAUUUUGCAUUCAAUUUGAGCAGUUAUGAGAAUAGUAACAAUCCACAUGUUCUGAUACAAUAGCAAGAAAUUGCAACAAUAUGUAUAUAAAGUACCAUGUCUGGGAUUUGUUUGGAAUGUUUCAUGACCAGGAGAAAGACAAAUGAAAACUUGGUGAAUCAAAAAUAUGUACAUACACUGAAUAAAAAUGUUAUUUCUGUACUGAC